AUGUGCAUUGAUUUUAAAGACUUGAACAAAGCUUGCCCAAAGGAUCCGUACCCAAUGCCCCAGAUCGACAUGAUGGUAGACUCGACCGCUGGUUUCGAAAUCUUCUCAAUGAUGGAUGCUUAUCAAGGAUAUCACCAGAUUCAAAUGGCUGAAGAGGAUAGAGACAAAACCUCAUUCGUUACUGAGAAGGGGAUUUAUUGCUACAACAUGAUGCCAUUCGGACUAAAGAAUGCGGGUGCGACCUAUCAACGGUUUGUCAAUAAGAUGUUCGGUGACUUGUUGGGGAAGAGCAUAGAAGUAUACGUCGAUGAUAUGUUGGUCAAGAGCAAGAGGUCGCAGGACCAUAUCGAGGACCUCGCACAAGCCUUCAGCAUUAUGAGAAAAUACAGCAUGAAACUGAACCCGGACAAGUGCACCUUCGGUAAUGCGACCAGGCCCCCCUUGCUCGCAAACCCUAAGGAUGGAGAGGUAUUGUCUUUGUAUCUGGCGGUAUCCGAGAAUGCGGUUAGCUCUGUGUUGGUGAGGGAAGAAGGAAGUAAUCAAAACUCAGUCUACUAUGUCAGCAAGAUGCUCCAGGGGGCAGAAUCACGAUAUUCAGAAAUGGAGAAACUUGCCCUUACCUUACUAGUGACAGCUCGAAAACUGCGAUCAUACUUCCAAUCGCACAAAGUGAUGGUGCUGACAAACCAUCCUCUCAAACACGUGAUAUUGCGACCCGAAGCCUCUGGGAGGUUGAUAAAAUGGGCCGUUGAAUUAGGGCAGUACGACAUUGAAUAUCAACCCAGAACAGCCCAGAAGGCGCAGGUGCUAGCAGAUUUUGUGAUGGAGUUGUCCGGCGACCAGAAAGAGCCAGAAACAACCGAACAGCCAUGCCUGAAAUGGAUGCUACAUGUGGACGGAUCCUCCAAUGCCAAUAAUGGAGGAGCAGGCAUACUAAUCCAAGGACCAAAGGGGGUAGAGAUCGAAGUUGUAGCUCGCUUAUCAUUCCCAGUGACGAACAAUGAAGCAGAGUAUGAGGCACUCAUACUAGGUUUAGAGCUCGCACAUGAAGCCGGUGCCCGAGAUCUGGAGGUCUUCACUGACUCCCAAUUGAUUGCCCUACAGAUCGAAGGAACAUAUGAAACAAGGGAGAGGAUAAUGACCCAAUACAAGGAGAUCGUUCAGCGAUUAAUGGGUAAGUUCGAGAAAUGUUCUAUUUCGCAGGUCCCCAAGGCUGAAACGACAAGGCAGAUGCCCUAUCUAAAUUCGGAGCUACAAUGGAUGGAAUCCGAGACCGCAAAAUCACAGCCCUAG